AUGACUGGACUUCUGCAGCUCCUGUUCCUGACCUGGACAUUCAGUCCUCUGUGUCUCUCCACCUCUGUGAGUUUCCCUGGUUCACCAGAGCAAUGUAAAACUGCUCCCUUUGUUCCAGGUUACAACCUGGGUGGAGAAGGCUUCGACAUUGUCAAAAUGCAAAGAAAAGCUGCCUAUGUCAUCGACACUGAAACAUGGGAUCUUGGAAAUGGCACUUGUAGAAUGUAUCAAAACAGCUACCAGAAUCGAGAGAAACAAAAGGUCCCAGUCUCUGUGGUGGACUGGAGAAACCUCCCGAAAUGCAAUUUGAAGGUCUCCAGCAUGGUCUAUGAUUCUGUUGAAUCUCUUGUCAAUGAUUCCACAUCAUCUGUAUCCAACGACUGGAAAAUUGGUUUGAAAAUCCCCGUGGACCCUUCAGUCACUGUUGGUGUUGGCUUUGGAGGUUCCCAUUCCAAGGUAGCUCAAUUUGGCAUGAAAAAGUCAAAACAAGACCGCUACACCUUUGCCCGCCAUUCUGUUAGCUGCAACUACUAUAACUACAGACUAACAACAAACCCACCUCUGCAUCAUGAAUUUGAAACGGCUGUGAAGUCUCUUCCUCCAAAUUCUUCUGGGGUACCAUAUCGCAGAUUGAUCGAUACUUACGGCACACAUUACAUCACACAGGUUUUUCUUGGAGGGGAGAUGCAAGCAACAACAUCGAUUAGGACCUGCCAGGCAUCCAUGAACGGGCUGUCGGCAACAGAAGUUAGUGACUGUCUGUCAGUUGAAGCUUCACUUAACUUUCAUAAAACGGCAAGCAUUGAGGCUAUGUAUAAACACUGUCAGGCAAAGAAACAGAAACUGAGCCAUGGUCAAAGUUUCCAUACUGUAUUUCAUGAACGUAUCACCGAAGUUGUUGGUGGGGACAAAAAUGAUGUUGUGUUCUUCCAAAGGUCUAUUAAUCCCAGUAACCACAUCAGAUGGAAAGAGUCUCUUAAAACUACACCUGAUAUCGUGAGUUACAACCUGAAGCCUCUGCACACAAUUCUGCCAGAUGGUCAUCCUGCCAAAAGUGGGCUUAAAGUAGAGGUGGAAAAGUAUAUUAAGGACAAUGCAGUGUUAAAGAAAUGUUCAGAAUCCUGUAAAAUUGGACACAGAUCCAGCAGAAGAGAUCCCUGUGCUUGUGUGUGUAAAGAAAACCAGCUCAUUAAGUCAAACUGCUGUCCUGCUGGGAAAGGUCUUGCAACACUGAUGGUGUACAACCUUUAUGCAAGGGGACUGUAUGGUGAUUGGUUUACUCAGACAGACGGUUCAGUGGUCGUUACAUAUGGUGUUGAAAACAAACGCACUAAAAUUAUAGCUAAUAAUGACAAUCCCAACUGGCCAGAAACUUUCAACUUUGGACCCAUUAACAUUAAUAUGUAUAACAGGCUGACAUUCACGGUUUAUGAUGAAGACACAUAUUGGAACAGUGACAAGCUCGGUGAGUGCUCCACUGAACUCCGCAGCGGAAGAGUUUCAGACAGCUGCAUGUUUAAACAUGGUACCUUUUAUUUUAGCUACUCAGUUGAGUGUGCACCAGGUCUUAGUGGCAGCCAGUGUCAGGAGUACAUUCCUUCUCCCAUGGAUCCAUCUUUGGCUAAAGUUUUCUACUCCAGAAACGGGGUUCUGCUUGGAGAUAAAGGGUUUGCUAAAUCUGCUCCUCAGCCAGGUUUGGGCCAGCUACUGUGA